GGAGGGGGGUGGGUGGGGCGAGGGCUGGGCUCCGCCCACCGGCGCCUCGCGGCGUUGUCAUAGAGACGGCGGCUGCGCGGGAGGAGGUUAUGCAGCUUUUCUACAGCAGCUGCGAUGGGUUCUGUGCUUUCCUUCUCUGUUAAUAAUGCUACCUCAAGGCAGAGGAAGAAGGCUGAGGAUGACGAUGAAGACUUACUCGAUAGCCGAGACCGUGUGGAAGACAUUGCCAAGUUUCCGUAUGUUGAAUUCACAGGUCAGGACAGCAUCACCUGUCCCACUUGCCAAGGCACUGGCUGCAUUCCCACAGAGCAGGUAAAUGAGUUGGUGGCUCUGAUACCCUACAGCGACCAACGUCUUCGUCCACAGAGAACGAAGCUGUAUGUCCUGCUGUCGGUGCUGCUCUGCCUGCUGAUAUCAGGGCUGGUGGUUUUCUUCCUAUUCCCUCACUCCGUCCUGGUGGAUGACGACGGUAUUAAAGUGGUUCAGGUUUGGUUCGACAAGAAGAACUCCGUUGUCAUUCUUGCCAUCACGGCCACCUUACGGAUCAGGAACUCCAACUUCUACUCGGUGUCGGUGCCCAGCCUGACUAGUCAGGUGCAGUACAUGAACACUGUGGUGGGAACCCAGCAGAUCACCAAUGUCUCCAGCAUCCAGCCACUGAGUGACAAACUGGUGAAUUUCACUGUGAAGGCAGAGCUGGGUGGACCCUUCUCCUAUGUGUAUUUCUUUUGCACAUUUCCCAAGGUGAAGGUACAUAACAUAGUGAUCUUCAUGAGGACAUCGGUGAAGCUCUCUUACAUCGGCCACGAGACGCAGAGCGCUUUGGAAACGUACCACUACGUGGAUUGCAGUACCAACUCCACGGCUGCCCAGGACCCGCUGCCUCCGCUGUCCCCCUUGAUAUGAGACGCAGCCAAAGCCAAGAGCAAGCCCUGAGGGCACAGCUGAUGUUUUCUGUGGGUGGAUGGUUGUGCAGAUGGGUUUCUAGAAGGGAUCAGGAGCUUUCAAAUAGAAGCAGAGGGAUCACGAGUGACUUUGGGAGAUAUUUGAAAGCUCUGGGUCCCUUUCGUGCUCUUCCACGUGCAGCUGGGCUGCACUGCUGUCCUGUCCAUGAAACCUGCUUGGGGUGGUGUUCAUGUGCAAGCCAACAGGCCCCUUCCCAAAGUCAGGGUGCUGCUGGGCCUGCAUUCCUCUUCGGUUCCGAAGAACUAGUUUUCGGUAGGGAAACUGGACUCUCAAGCUUCAUGCUUUGGGGUCUGAAGAUCCCAAAGGUUUAGAGUUGACUUUUGCAGCUGUUUUGAAGCUUCGCACUGUGUCGGAUCCUUUCAGGGUAAACUAAUUAGUUCUGUGCAAUUAAUUUAUUCCACUUUUGUUCAGUGGCAGCAUGUCACUGGCUUGUUUCAAAGCAGAUCUUGAUAAAAAGGGAUAGUUCUUGUAAAGAACACACAGAUAAGUCUUCCACCUCCAACUUGCGCUAGAAGGAGGCAAAGGAAUCAAAACCUUUGAAACAUGCUUUCUCUGUAGCGCAGAUUUUGUUUGCUGGCAGCUGAGGCCACCUACAGCAAACCAAUACCAAAACAUCGCAGUCUUCAUGAAGGCGGCCUCAGUAAGCACAGUGCUGCUGGGGACGUGCAAAGGGUCCGUGCAAAUUUGACCUUCCUCCUCCUCCGCGCACAGCUCUGAACCUUCCUCUCCCCACGUUCGCAGCUGCAGGGUCUCUGGGGUUUGAAACCAGGGGAACUUGUAGCUCAGUGGUGCUUUGUACUUCUGCUUGCUGCAAACAAGUGCGGAUUUAAACUGAUUUUUGUGGGAGUUUGGUGUCUCAAAACCUUACCUCCCAGGAGCCCGUCGUUCCCGACAGAUCGUAUCAACUGCAUUCUUAAAGCAAGUAAAUGUGAAAGCUCAGCCUGCCGCAGCUCUCGCUGCGGACUUGUACUGUUUGCAGCUUGGAGGAUUUCAUUUUGCUUCUGCCCUUUGUAGUUUUUCUGGAACUUGAUUGCUACAGCUGCCCUCGUUUCCUCUCUGCCUGCACCUACCCCUUUCCCUGGCUGCCUGUUGGAUGUGAGGUCGUGUGAGUGUGUGUGGAAAGAAAGCACAGGUAAAGGCUGCAAGGCGAAUGGAUCGUGGUGUUUUUCAAUGAAGGACGCUUUAUUUUGUGCAAGUGUGAAACAAAAACACACCUUGCUUUUUUAAGAAGUGGCAUUUCUGCCUAGUGGGGUUUCUAGAACUGAAUUCUACUCAUUAAAGCCGAGUUGUAUGUUA